ACACUUCAUUCACGACUUAAGGAGAGACGCGUGAGGACGAUUUGCGUGAUUACAGCACCAUAACGCACACAGUCGCAUACAACAACACACACACACACACCGAGGCGACUCUCUCUCUCUCCCACAUACACACACACACACACACACACACACACACGGAAGGUUUGUGGAAUAGUGAACAUGAGAGGACGGGUCGGAUAAUAAGACUGGAUCCAGCGCUUCACCUUCACCUUUUGGAUAACCUGGAAAUUUGAACGCGCCUUUUGCGCACGAAGAGGAGCGGCGACGCGCGCAGGAAUAUAUUCCCUUUUUCCUCCUCGUACUUUUGUGUGCUUUAUUUAUUUAUUUUUAUUUGAUUUUUUGAUUUUUUUUUUUUUAAGCCUUCCUUCCACUUUGGGAAUAGGAGCUUCCAUUUUUUGCUAGGAAAUAUUCCCCGCGGGUGGUGACCCGGCUGCACCGCUACAGCAUUUUGGGAAAAUAUAAAAGGAUGGCAGCUUGGUUCACCUUUCUGAUCGCAUGCUUCAGCGCGCUCCUAACGCAGAUAUUGGGAACUGGUGUUUUCGAGCUCAAGCUCCAGGAGUUCAAGAAUUUUAAAGGUAUUCUGGGGAGCGGAACCUCAUGCAGCCCGGACUGCAGGACUUUUUUUCGCAUUUGUCUGAAGAACUACCAGCAGAACGUGUCUCCGGGAAAAUGCAUCUUUGGGAGCACCGUCACCCCAGUGCUGGGCUCCAACUCCUUUAGGAUGGAGGACGGAUCCCAGAGCGCAUCCAUACGCCUGCCCUUCAACUUUGGAUGGCCGGGAUCAUUUUCUUUGAUUAUUGAGGCCUUGUAUUCACCUACAGAGGAUCCACCUGUAGACUCAGACAACCCCGACUUACAGAUUAGUUCUUUUCCCAUCCAAAAACAGCUGCAAGUAGGGGCUGGGUGGUCUCAGGAUGUCCAAUGCGAUCAGCAGACGGAGCUAAGGUAUUCUUACCGGUUCAUCUGCAAUGAAAAUUACUACGGAGACAGUUGUUCCAAAAAAUGCACGCCCAGGGACGACCGUUUUGGCCACUACACCUGCAACCCAGACGGGCAUUUAUCCUGUCUCCCCGGCUGGAAAGGAGAAUACUGCGAUCAACCGAUCUGCCUUAAAGGCUGCAGCGAAGCUAACGGGAACUGCUCCAGUCCCGGAGAGUGCGUGUGCAGAGAUGGCUGGCAGGGAAUGUUCUGCACCGAGUGUAAGAAAUACCCCGUGUGUAAGCAUGGUACGUGCCACAAGCCGUGGGAGUGUCACUGUAAAGAAGGAUGGGGUGGACUCUUCUGUGAUCAAGAUCUGAACUUCUGCACCCACCACAAGCCGUGCAUGAACGGAGCCACGUGUAUGAACACCGGGCAGGGCAGCUACACGUGCCUGUGCAGGCCGGGAUACACCGGCGUCAACUGUGAGCUGGAGGUGCGUCACUGCGACAGCAGCCCGUGCAGGAACCGAGGACACUGCGUGGAGCUGGAUAAUGGCUACACGUGCACGUGUCUGCCAGGGUUUGAGGGCACACACUGUGAGCACAGCCUCCUGACCUGUGCAGACAUGCCCUGCUUUCAGGGUGGGAAGUGCCAUGAGAGAGACAACGGACGUAGCUAUGCAUGUGACUGCCCUAAAGGAUACACCGGACUCAAUUGUGAGAAAAGGGUGGACAAGUGUACAACUCUGCCGUGCGCUAAUGGUGGCGCGUGUGUGAUCCUUGCUGGCGUCCGUAUGUGCAGCUGUCGAGCAGGAUUUACAGGCCAGCGCUGCGAGAUCAACAUCAACGACUGCUCCUCCAACCCCUGCGCUAACGGCGGCACCUGUCACGACGGCGUCAACGACUACACCUGCUCGUGCUCUCCGGGGUACUCUGGACGGAACUGCAAGCUCCAGAGCGCCCCCUGCUCAACGGAGAACGUCUGCAUGAACGGAGGAUCGUGCAGCAGCACCCUGGACGGCCCUCCCAUGUGUCUGUGUCCCAGUGGCUUCACAGGGCCGCGCUGCGACUAUUACGCCGCCACGCAUCCCGUCCAGCUAAACACGGAUGACUUCCAAUGGGCCGCCGUGUCCCUAGGUGUAGGUUUGGUGGCUCUACUUAUACUAGUGUGCAUGGUGGCCAUCGCGCUGCGUCACAUUCACCGCCAAGCGGCGGCCGAAAGGACUCACGACGCUAUGAACAACCAGUCAGACGCGCAGAGGGACAACCUGAUCCCAACGUCACAGCUCAAGAACACCAACAAGAAGGUGGACCUGGAGGUGGACUGCGUUCAGGAGAAAUCGAAUUACAUCCUCAAGAACUACCAUCUAGACUUCAGCUCAUCAAAAGAGUUUAAAGAAAUCCAGACGCAAGAGGAUAAAAGUCACAAGUACGAAAAGAGUUUAGAAGACAAAAUACCGUUGAGUAGAAUGUACAGUGAAAAGCCGGAGUGUAGGAUAUCGACGAUAUGUUCCCCGAGAGACUCCAUGUACCAGUCUGUGUUUGUAAUAGCGGAGGAGAGAAGUGAAUGCGUCAUAGCAACCGAGGUAUAAACAUGACCGGAGGUCACGGAAGAUGGAAGAUGGAAGAUGUGAGGAGUAAAAAAACACAAUCAAAGCAGAAUUUUCUGGAUUGUUUACAAAAAAAAAAGAACUGAAAGACUGGAGAUGAUUUUUUGUGAUGUCCACUGCUGCUCUGAGAAACUUGAGGACGCAAUAGACGAAGUGUGCUUAAAGUGUACAGACGUGUACAGUCCUGGAUGUUGUCUUUUCUUUUCUUUUUCUUUUUUUUUGACCCCUACGGUAUGGUUUUAUGUUUUUUUUUCCUCUCAAGAUUGUAAGGAAGGAAAAAAAGCAGGACUUACACUGACUGCACUGCAGUAGGACCAGAGGGGGGAAAAGUCUGGCACAGAGACGUGGCCCCUCCCCACACUGAUGGAGUGAGCGCUCUCUCUCUCUCUCUCUCUCUCUCUCUCUCUCUCCCCCUCUCUCUCU